AUGGCUGUGCUCCGGCAGCUGGCACUGCUCCUCUGGAAAAACUACACCCUGCAGAAACGGAAGGUCCUUGUCACAAUCCUGGAAAUCUUCCUGCCGUUGCUGUUCUCCGGGAUCCUGAUUUGGCUCCGCUUGAAAAUCCAGUCUGAAAACGUCCCCAACGCCACCAUCUACCCUGGCCAGUCCAUCCGCGAGCUGCCCCUCUUCUUCAGCUUCCCCCCUCCAGGAGACUCCUGGGGGCUGGCGUACAUCCCCUCCAGGAGCGAGGCGGUCAGGGCCAUCGCUGAGAAGGUGGAGAAGGCGUUGAUGAUCAACAUGAGAGUCCGAGGCUUCCCCUCCGAGGAGGCCUUCGAGGACUACAUCAAGUACGACAACCACUCCUCCAACGUGCUGGCCGCCGUGGUGUUCGAGCACGUCUUUAACCACAGCAAAGACCCUCUGCCUCUGGCGGUGAAGUACCACCUGCGCUUCAGCUACACGAGAAGAAACUACAUGUGGACAAAGUCGGGCUCCUUCUUCUUAAAGGAGACAGAGGGGUGGCACACUACCUCCCUCUUUCCGCUCUUCCCAAACCCAGGCCCCAGGGAACCUGCGUCCGCAGAUGGCGGAGAACCAGGCUACAUCCGAGAAGGCUUCCUGACCGUGCAGCAUGCUGUGGACAGAGCGAUCAUGCAGUACCACGCUAACGCCUCCGCGCAUCAGCUGUUCGAGAAGGUCACGGUGAUCGCCAAGAGGUUCCCCUACCCGCCUUUCAUUUCGGACCCCUUCCUCGUGGCUGUCCAGUACCAGCUUCCUUUGCUGCUCAUGCUGAGCUUCACCUACACCUCGCUCAGCAUCAUCCGGGCUGUCGUGCGUGAAAAGGAGAGAAAGCUCAAGGAGCACAUGCGCAUGAUGGGGCUGAGCAACUGGCUGCACUGGAGCGCCUGGUUCCUUGUGUCCUUCAGCCUUCUCCUCAUCGCCAGCGCCUUCAUGACCUUGCUCUUCUGUGUCAAGGUGAAGAAGAACGUGGCGGUGCUCCCCAACAGUGACCCCUCGCUGGUACUGCUCUUCCUGCUGUGUUUUGCCGUCUCCUCCAUCUCCUUCAGCUUCAUGGUCAGCACCUUCUUCAGCAAAGCCAACAUGGCGGCAGCCAUCGGUGGUUUCCUCUACUUCUUCACCUAUAUCCCGUACUUCUUCGUGGCGCCCCGCUACAACUGGAUGACCCUCAACCAGAAGCUGCUCUCCUGCCUCCUGUCCAACGUGGCCAUGGCCAUGGGGGCCCAACUCAUAGGGAAGUUUGAAGCGAAAGGGGCAGGCCUGCAGUGGCACGACCUCCUAAGCCCAGUCAACGUGGACGAUGACUUCUCGUUUGGGCAGGUGCUGGGCAUGCUGCUGGUUGAUGCUGCCCUCUACGGGCUGGUGGCCUGGUACGUGGAGGCUGUCUGGCCUGGCCAGUUCGGGGUGCCCCAGCCCUGGUACUUUUUCCUCUUGCCCUCGUACUGGUGCGGAAGCCAGAGGACUAUCCUGGGGAAGGAGGACGAAGACGAAGACCCAGAGAAAGCGCUGAAGACCGAGUUCUUCGAGGCUGAGCCCGAGGACCUGGUGGCUGGGAUCAAGAUCAAGCACUUGUCCAAGGUGUUCAGAGUUGGAACUAAAGGCAAGGCAGCUGUCAAGGACCUGAACCUGAACCUGUAUGAAGGGCAGAUCACGGUCCUGCUGGGUCACAACGGUGCCGGGAAGACCACCACCCUGUCCAUGCUCACAGGUCUCUUCCCCCCGACAAGCGGACGGGCGCAUAUCAGUGGGUACGAGAUCUCACAGGACAUGCCUCAGAUCCGGAAGACUCUGGGUCUGUGUCCCCAGCAUGACGUCCUGUUCGAUGACCUGACGGUGGCAGAGCACCUGUACUUCUAUGCCCAGCUGAAAGGCCUGUCACUACAGAAGUGCUGGGAGGAAGUCAGGCAGAUGUUACGCAUCCUGGACCUGGAGGAAAAACAGUCCUCCCUGAGCAAGUUCCUCAGCGGGGGCAUGAGGCGCAAGCUGUCCAUCGGCAUUGCUCUGAUCGCAGGCUCCAAGGUGCUGAUGCUGGACGAGCCCACCUCGGGUAUGGACGCCAUCUCCCGGAGGGCCAUCUGGGAUGUGCUCCAGCAGCAGAAGAGUGACCGCACCAUCCUGCUGACCACCCACUUCAUGGAUGAGGCUGACCUGCUAGGGGACCGCAUUGCCAUCAUGGCCAAGGGGGAGCUGCAGUGCUGUGGGUCCUCGCUCUUCCUCAAGCAGAAAUACGGCGCGGGGUACCACAUGACUCUCGUGAAGGAGCCCCACUGUGACCCAGAGGCCAUCUCCCGGCUGGUCCACCACCAUGUUCCCAAUGCUGCCCUAGAGAGCAAUGCCGGGGCCGAGCUCUCCUUCAUCCUGCCCAGAGAGAGCACAUACAGGUUUGAAACUCUCUUCGCUAAGCUGGAGAAGAAGCAGAAGGAGCUGGGCAUCGCGAGCUUCGGGGCCUCUGUUACCACCAUGGAGGAGGUCUUCCUGCGGGUCGGCAAGCUAGUGGACACAAGCAUGGACAUCCAGGCCAUCCAGCUUCCAGCCCUGCAGUACCAGCAUGAGCGGCGGGCAAGCGACUGGGCAGUGGACAACCACCUGUGCGGCGUGAUGGACGCCAGUGACAGCACUGGCGUCCUCAUCGAGGAGGACUGUCCCGCCAUCCAGCUCAACAGCGGGCUCACCCUGCGCUGCCAGCAGUUCUGGGCCAUGCUGGUGAAGAAAGCCACCUACAGCUGGCGGGAGUGGAAGGUGGUGGCUGCCCAGGUCCUGGUCCCUGUGACAUGCCUCACCCUGGCCCUCUUGUCCAUCAACUACUCCUCGGAGAUCCUGGACGACCCCAGCCUAGAACUGACCCUGGGACAGUACGGCAGCACCGUGGUGCCCUUCUCAGCUGCCGGGACGUCGUCACUGGAUCAACAGCUCUCAGAGCGUCUGAGGGACAUGCUGCAGGCUGAGGGCCAGGAGCCCCGGGAGGUUCUGGGUGACCUGGAGGAAUUCCUGAUCUUCAGGGCAUCUGUGGAAGGUGGCGGCUUUAACGAGCGCUGCCUGGUGGCCACAUCCUUCAGAGAUGUGGGGGAGCGGACGGUCGUCACCGCUCUGUUCAACAACCAGGCCUACCACUCGCCGGCCACCGCCCUGGCCCUGGUGGACAACCUGCUCUUCAAGCUGCUCUGUGGCUCUCAGGCCUCCAUCACCGUCGCCAACUACCCUCAGCCCCGGAGUGCCCUGCAGGCCGCCAAGGACCAGUUCAGCGAGGGUCGGAAGGGUUUCGACAUCGCCCUCAACCUGCUCUUUGCCAUGGCAUUCCUGGCCAGCACCUUCUCCAUUCUGGCGGUCAGUGAGAGGGCCACCCAAGCCAAACACGUCCAGUUUGUCAGCGGCGUCCAUGUGAUGACCUUCUGGCUCCCCGCGCUGCUGUGGGACCUCCUCACCUUCCUGGUCCCCAGCCUGCUGCUGCUGGUGGUGUUUAAAGCCUUCGACGUGCGUGCAUUCACCAGGGAUGGCCACGAAGCCGACGCCUUGGUGCUGCUCCUGCUAUACGGCUGGGCCGUCAUUCCCCUCAUGUACCUCAUGAGCUUCCUGUUCUCGGGCGCGGCCACCGCCUACACACGGCUGACCAUCUUCAACGUGCUCUCGGGUGUUGCCACCUUCCUUGUGGUCACCAUCAUGCGCAUCCCAGCGGUCAAGCUGGAAGAACUCUCUAGAACCCUGGACCAGGUGUUCCUGGUGCUGCCCAACCACUGCCUGGGCAUGGCUGUCAGCAGCUUCUACGAGAACUACGAGACCAGGAGGUACUGCACGUCCUCCGAGGUGGCCGCCCACUACUGCCGCAAGUACCACAUUGAGUACCAGGAGAACUUCUACGCAUGGCCAGCCCCGGGCGUCGGCAGGUUCGUCACCUCCAUGGCCGUCUCUGGCUUUGUGUACCUUACCCUGCUGUUCCUGAUGGAGACCAGCCUUCUAUGGAGGCUCAAGACCCUAGUCUGUGCCUCCCACGGCCAGCGGACACUGUUGGAGGCCUGCGGACAAGCCCCAGCACUGCCUGAAGACCAGGACGUGGCUGAUGAGAGGAGUCGGGUGCUGGCCCCCACGCUGGACCCACCACCAAGAGACCCACCACUGGUCAUCAGGGAACUAUCCAAGGCUUAUGGGCAGCGGACGCCCUUCCUUGCGGUGGACAAGCUAUCCCUGGCAGUUCAUAAGGGCGAGUGCUUCGGCUUGCUGGGCUUCAAUGGGGCCGGGAAGACCACCACUUUCAAGAUGCUGACAGGGGAGGAGACAAUCACCUCCGGGGAUGCCUUUGUUGGGGGUCACAGCAUUCGCUUUGACCUUGGGAAGGUACGGCAGCGCAUCGGCUACUGCCCUCAGUUCGAUGCCCUGCUGGACCACAUGACGGCGCGGGAGACGCUGGCCCUGUACGCCCGGCUCCGGGGUGUCCCCGAGCGCCACAUCGGGGCCUGCGUGGAGAACACACUUCGGGGUCUACUUCUGGAGCCACAUGCCAACAAGCUGGUCAGGACUUACAGUGGCGGUAACAAGCGGAAGCUGAGUGCCGGCAUCGCCCUGAUUGGAGACCCUGCGGUCAUCUUUCUGGAUGAGCCGUCCACCGGCAUGGACCCUGUGGCCCGGCGCCUGCUCUGGGACACGGUGGCACGGGCCCGCGAGUCCGGCAAAGCCAUUCUCAUCACCUCCCACAGCAUGGAGGAGUGUGAAGCCCUGUGCACGCGGCUGGCCAUCAUGGUGCAGGGCCAGUUCAAGUGCCUGGGCAGCCCGCAGCACCUCAAGAGCAAGUUCGGCAGUGGCUACUCCCUGCGGGCCAAGGUCCGGGCCGAUGUGCAGAAGGUGGCGCUGGAGGAGUUCAAGGCCUUUGUGAACCUGACCUUUCCAGGCAGCGUCCUGGAGGAUGAACACCAGGGGAUGGUCCACUACCACCUGCCCAGUCGUGGCCUCAGCUGGGCAAAGGUCUUCGGUGUCCUAGAAAAAGCCAAGGAGAAGUUCGCUGUGGAUGACUACUCCGUGAGCCAAAUCUCUCUGGAGCAAGUCUUUCUGAGCUUCGCCCACCUGCAGCCACCUGCUGAGGAUGAGGGGCAGUGA